AUGCCAGCUAUCCAGUCCCCCGGGGCGGCUAUCUCGCACCAACGUGGCGAGCGUUGGGACCAGGCUCAUGAACUUGCACCUGCGGAUGAGGUGGUUGCGGAUGCUGCGGGCCGGCAUGAGUUUGCUCCCACUACUCGCAGCCGGCAGAUUGCAGUUUUGAUAUGCAGCUUCCUGGCUGUUGCUAUGACCAUAGGCCCGAAUUUUUCAUACGGUGUAUUCCAGGAAUUCUACGUUACGAAUAGCAAGAGCAUCUUAGCCCCAUCCGAGGCAAAGAACAGAGCAGCGGUAGCCUUGGUUGGUACACUCGGCGCUGGGUUGACCUGGAAUGGCUCCAUUGUGAUCAAUCCUCUCGUGAGUAGACUGAGCGGCAAUGCAAAUCAGAAGAUUGCAACUGCAGGAUGCUGCCUGAUGAGCGCUUCGUAUGCACUUGCUAGCACGUCCCAAACGAUAUGGCAACUUUUAUUGACCCAGGGUCUACUAUACGGAAUGGGCAGUUCCAUGGUUUAUUUUCCCAUCCUUAGUGUUGCCCCAGAGUAUUUCGAUCGCCAUCGUGGAGCUGCUAUGGGGUUCAUACUAAGCGGUGCGAGCAUCGGAGGACUGGUAUUCUCCCCUCUCAUUCGAACACUUCUGGGUGUUAUUGGUAUCCGCUGGACACUAAGAGCAAUGGCCCUCGCAAAUCUUAUUGUCACCCUUCCAGUUGCAAUAUCCGCACCUCCAACCCGCAGCAUGACCAGAAGACCCACGCUGAUCAACAUACGGCUUGCAAAAAAGCCAGCAUUUAUUUUACAGUCUUUUGCAGCCUUACUGCAAGCGAGCGGAAAUUUUGUGCCAAUGACGUUUUUACCUGAGUUUUCAACUGUUAUCGGCUACUCUGUUUCCUUUGGUGCUACGCUACUUGCUGUUAAUAACGGCAUUAACGCAGUGUCACGAGUCCUUAUGGGUGUUACAGCAGAUAAGCUUGGGAGGCAAAAUACCCUAGUUCUCGGUGUUGCUGGAAGCGCCGCAAGUGUAUGGUGCCUAUGGCUCGCGGCUGCUGUUAAUGGUGGCAAGACCCCGUGGCUCAUAUUUGUUGUUGUAUAUGGAAUCCUAGCAGCGUUCAAUGCACUCUUUCCAACCACAGUCACGGAGAUAUUUGGCGUACAUGCCUACGCCUCUGUCAAUGGUUUUCUUUACUUUGUGAGGGGUCUUGGUGCACUUUUUGGAUCCCCCGUUGCUGGGUUUAUUUUAGGAGAUUCUCGUGUCCCUUCACCGGGUCAGGAGACCUCUACUCUGUUGCAUAAUUAUCAGAACCUCAUCUGGUAUGAUGGUGCCCUCCUUCUGGCCUCGUCCAUUUGCGUAAUUGGGGUACGCGGUUUUGAUGCCCUGGAAAAACGCAAGUGGGUUUGGAGAGCAUAA